AUGCGUUCCGAUGGUAAAUCCUUGGUAGCUGCACCACCAGAUGGUCGAGCGCUUUGGCUACGACAUGACGGUUCAUCAAUAAAUCUAAUGGCAAGCACAUAUUUUAUUCCGGCUGGAUUGGUAUUACCGGUAGAUGAUUGCUUCGAAGUUCGAAUUCUCCGAAUAGAUCCAGUAACGAAAUGCUUAUAUGUAAGACCGUUAUGUAUAGACAAUCAAUAUGGUGAGCUCUCCGCUGCGGUAGCAGACUACACAAAAGAUUCAUGUCGUCUUGUUGUGUCGGAACCACUUAGCAUGAGUACAGUAUACAUGAUAAGAACAAAAAGAGGAUAUCUAAGAGCAGUAUUGCUAAAGAGGGAAAAAACAAUGACUUAUUCGAUGUAUGGUAUUGAUAUUGGAGAGGUGUAUAACAUAAGUGCAAAUGAUAUAUGCGAAUUAUUACCAUCUUUACAUCAUGUGCCGCCUCUUUGCCUACGUAUUAUCUUGGAAUCCCGUUGUAAUGCAAAAAAAUGCGAAGAAUUUGCAUUCUUGAAAGAAGGAGCGAUUUGCAUAAUUAAAAUUUGUAAUGAAUUUCCCUCAGAUUAUCCUAAACGAGCAAAAGAAAUGUACCCGCCAGCAAUCGUAUCGCAAAUAUACGAGAAAAAUGAGGAUGGAAAGUAUGUUGAGGUCACAUGUGCUAUGAAGAGUAUUAAUAUUAACGGUGGUAUUAGUAGCAGUAUGCCUCGUCGUCGAUGCCGGGCAUUGGUGGUAAAAAGUGCAUCAAUACCAGCGAUAACUAGAGGUCCAGCCUUGCCAUUUAUGUUUCAAAAAUUCAAUGUUUCAUUACCGGCUCGUUUAAUAGCACGAGUAACUGAGCGUUUAGAUUACGAUACCUAUUUGAUGAGGAAUCCUGAAAUACUCGAUGAUCUAACAAAACGCAUGGUAAUGGCGAGAACUCCUUUAACAUCUCGAUUGUGCUUAGAUCGUGGUAUUUGUUGUAUAGCUCGCUUAAUCCGCCCAGCACGGUCAAACGGUUCAUCGUUUCAGCCGCAAAUAUUCAGAGCAAUAGCGAGCCAUUACCGGCCAGAUGAUAACACCUGUGAAGUAUUACUUGUUGAUUUCGGUCAGACGAUUGUAUGCACUAUGUCAGAUCUGUUUGAACUUCAGGAUCAGCCCGUUGAAGUUCUUGAAAAGCCAACAGCAUCAUUCCGGUGUCGAGUGAAGAGGUUUUCACCAUCCAAAAAGAAUGGUAAUAAAGGAAUAAGGUUACUUGAUGAAAAUGAUUACAACGUUUGUUUAACAUUAAAAUGUGCCCGUGAUUUGUAUUGGGCAAAAGUAACAUUAUUGGAUACAGAUUUUGUACUUUAUUACAAGAAGCUACGAGUAAACAAAGAAGCUAAUGCGGAAAAAAACAUGAAUGAAGGAAUGAGUAUCGACAUUGCACCACAAGAUGCCAUUAGAAAGCUUGAACAACGAAAAGAGGAACUGCAUGAGGAAGAAGAGCGGUUAUAUGAACAGGAAGAAUUGCUGAAAAAGGAGAAAGAAAAUUUUGCAAACGAAAGCAUCAAAAGAGAACAAGAAUUACAGCUGAUAGCACUGCAAAUGCAACUGUGUGAUAUAUCAGCAAAACUGGAUAUGGUUACUUCCAAUAACUCAAGUUUUUUGAAAGCGGAUGGUUUCUGUCCGCAACAGGAUAAAAGUAAUUAUUGUGAUGCUCCUAUCACAAAAGGUUAUAGUCAACACGGAAACGGGUACGAUAGUAAUGAUGCAACAAGUAUACCACAACAGCAACAGAAAGUCGCUGUAAACCAAUCAUGGAGACCUCAAUGGCCAUGUUCUCUUCCGGCUCCACACACAUCGGGAGUUGUAACAUCCACAAAGAAUAGCAUGCGCUCUUCGAUGCCCUAUAUGCCGGAUGCACAAGUAUCAUUUUCGAAUGCAAAGAAUGAUUGUUAUUUUGGAAUUCCGAAAUGCAACAGGAAUAUAAACGAUCAUGACACCCCUGAAAAGUGGCAUUUUCAUCCCAAGAAACGGCGAGCUGCAUCACCCAAAACAGCACGGGCAUUUUUAUUCAACGAUACUUCCUCGAAUAGUAACAAUGGAUAUUCACCACAUAAUAACAAACUUCAACCUCUACUUCGUCUCAAUUCGAAAAAUAAGAAACAUUACAAAGUUUCUGUAUCAGCGGAUUCUUUUUGGGAUAGCUGUCAUCGUAAAUUAGAAUAUGGAGAACCGCCACAUCGAACAAUCAGUGAUUAUUGUAAUACUGCUAGGAAACAAUCACAUGGCAGUUUUCCGGAACGGUCGCUGAGUGCGGUUUUGCAAUACACAAAUAAUGUAUCAAACUUUUCAAAUAGACGAAGCACGCAGCUAAAACUGGAACAGUCACGGAAGGCUGUUGGAGAUACAGUGGCAUCCGAUGCAUCACAUACAAGUUUGAUUAAAAAACCGAUUUAUGCUUCCAAUGAAUCAGCCGAUUACAGCCAAUUAUGCAUUAGUACGAGCAACUAUGGAGAACAGGAAAUCUUUGCGCUAUCACAACCACAAACCUCCCUGCAUCAAAACAAUGAACUGCAGUCAUUCCCAACUUACCAGGUAUAUCAUAAGCUUGUCAGUAUCAUUGAUGGAAGUGAAUUGAUGGUACGAAGAGUCGGUAGUGAUGCUGAUUGGCCAGUAUUUUUUGUAGUUCCGACCACAGCAUUACAAGAUAUAUCUGCCGAGUGUUUUGGUUCAUUAUAUCCGACACAGAAACUGAAUGCCAAUGGAAUUGCAAUUGGUGUACUUUGUGUAGUAGAAUGCAAUGAUCUUAGACGAACUAAAGUUAGAGCAGUUAUUGAGCGCAUCACUGAAAACCUUGUAUGUGCACGACACAUUGACGAUGGACAUAUGGAAACUAUCCCGCGAAAUCAAUUAUGGUCUACAGAAGACUUGUCUCCAAACGUUCGUACUCAACCUGCUCUGGCAGUACCGUGUAUUUUGGCUUCUUUGAAUGAAGCGCAACUGGUUAAAACGAUUAAUUACCAUGUAAAUAAAAUACCUUGUGUUGGACAGCUGAUGCGUAUAUUAUUCAAAGAACAGCGUAAUUCAGAUGGUAUUUGGAUUGUUGAAUUAAUAAAUGGAAUGAAUAACGAUGGUGGAACUGAAUGA